GAGCAAGUGUUUACUCAAGCUGACCAGGAAUAUAGCGCAUACAUAGAAGAUGAAUCUGGAGGAAAGGGGUUACUGGCGGACAAGCUACUUUGGCUCUCUUUUAUCAGCCAGGGGCUGAUCUCUGGACCCUAAGAUUGAGCAACACAACAGGAGACAGGCAGCUCCAAAAUCAGUUAGAAAAGAGGGCAGGGUAGAAGGAAACCGAGAAUCAAAGAAAGUCAAAGAAAGACAAAAAGGAAAGCUGAGUUAUACUAGCAGAACGGGGAAACCAGAAUUGUAAGACAGAGCUAAACAUUAAUACAGGCUCUCCUAGGUACAAUGGCGGAAAGAAGUUUUUAUUUGAAGUUUUUGGGAGGAGUAUGAAAGAUUUGAGCGGACGGACGGGGGGGGUCAGAGGCAAGGGUCCAGUGGAGAGUAAUUGUGGUGACAGCCAGUGCAAGGAGACAAGGACUCAUGUGAGACAUAGAGGAAUUAAAAGAUAAAAAACACAGAGAAGGAACAGAGAGGGUCUGGCAGACCCAAAACUGGACUUCAGUAUGGGUAUAAAGAGUAAGGCUGCUGCAGCUGUCUUAGUCCUGCUGUUGUUCCUUGGCUCGCUGUGGCUCCAGGGAGGUUUGGAUUACCACUGGGAUUCUUGUUUAAAAGGUUAUAAUCAAGUGAAUAAGCUGUCCAACAGCAGUGGGGUUGAUGGAGCUGGGGGCCCUCAGGUCCUGGAGGGGUGCCCUGGUCAGACCUUCCAGGUGUCACUGCUGCUCUCUCACCUGUUGGCUGCACCAGCCUACACCUCCGACGUGCUGCUGCAGCCCUAUCUGUCCAGCUGGGAUGAGCUUGUGAAGUUUAUGGAUGCUCUGGGUUCAAUGGUGGGACUUAUAUCUAAAGAGAUAGAAAGCAAGACCUCUAUAAUCCGCCAACUGGCCAUUUUAGCAGAAGAGAACCCUGAAGCAGAGCUGGGCCCAGAUGUACACUCAAUAAACUCAGAAGCCGGGACAAAGACCAGUUUAGAACUCUCACAGCACAAAGGUGCUUACCACUCUGUACGCUCCAUGAUCUGGGUGGAACUGAACAGAGGCAUUGUGAACUUCCACCAACAGACGGACUCUGGAUGCCGGACUCUUCUGCGUCUGCAUCGUGCUCUGCUUUGGCUGAAGCUCUUCCUGGAGAAGCUGGCUGAGACACCAGUGGCUGGACGGCUCAGGAGCCCCUCAGAGCUGUGUCGUGAGGCCUACCAGAGCAGCCUCGCGAACCACCACACCUGGUUUGUCCGCAGGGCAGCUGAGCUGGCCUUCAUUGCCAUGCCAGAGCGGAGUUUCUUCUUCAGGCUGGUGUGUGUGCAGAGCCAGGAGGAGCUGAGCGUAAUGCUGAGCAGAGUUGUUCAGGCCAUCGAAGAGGUUUAUGAUAGGACACAGAAAGCCCUGGAGGAAAAUGGCAUGCUGGACUUGCCAUAGAAAAUGGGACUAUCCGACUGGACAUAUGAAUGGAUUUGAUUUUUUUCAGCUAAACUUUACAUGUGCCAUAUUUUUCUUCCCAACCAAAAUGUUGAAUCAGCAAUCAAGUAGUACUGAAAGUUAGUUUGCUUUCAGUUUGAAAUUCCCCAUCAAACAUCAUGAGAUAACGUCUCGACUUCUCCUCUCCUCAGAGGCAUUUUUAAGGCAGCUGAUAGUGCAUUUAGGCUGGCUAAACGCAGACUGUGAAUUAUUUAAGCAGGUGGACACAAUAACAUGAACAUAAUCACCUCUGCUGUAACAAAUGUCACUGGGGAGCUGUACAGUUCAUGAUUUUGUGUCUACCCCCACCUAUAUGAUAUUUUAAAAAAAUUUUUCCCUACAUUUAAAAUGCUAUUGAAAAUGACUGCUGUGUUAAUUGAAGUUAAUGCUUUGUGAUUUAGUAUGCUACCUCAAAACAGGCUAGGUCUAGAUGCCUUGUAGCCUUAAAAUCUGGGACCAAUCUAUCCUCUUUAAAAAGGUAUUUCAUAAAAAAUCAACAUAUGCAGAACAAAUGACUAUAUGGUGCUUCACAGUAACUGUGGUGUUCACUGUUAAUGACUCAGUUUUACAUUGAAAGUUUUUUUUAUCAUGUUCAGAAUAAUUAAAUAUCUAUAAAAUGAAUAAAAGCGAAUCCAAUUGCCUGUUUUAUAACAUAGUCUGGUCCAGUAAUGUGAUAACUUUGACAUUUAAAUGCCACUGAACUAUUGUGUAAUAUUAUCCACCAUCCAGCAGAGGUUCCAGCACUCUGCUACAGACUAAUCUUCACUCUCCUGACAUCAUGGUGAAUAUAUUCUGCUCUGUGUGACACUACCAGGACAUAUUUUAUGGCCCAGUGGCAGUGUUGCCAGUUUUUUUUUUUAAAAGGCUUUCCCCCCUCAUAAUAUAUAUUUGUAUGAAUAUAUUAGAUGUUAAAUCUUAAAUCUUAGAAAAAGACCUGAUUUGAAGAAUAUUAAGGGGUCGCAGAUUAUUCCGGAUUAUAAUUUAUUGAAUGUGUGCGUAAUUCAGAGAAUAGUGAGUGCAAAAAUCAGUCACUAGCACUUCUCUUGAUCAGACUAUUUUAAACCCACAAAUACCUCUAAUGCUACGUAAUCCUGGCUCUUUCCUUUUUCCUGGACUACGCUCUCUCUUUCUGAGGAGGAGACAGCGAAGACAGGAGAGAUAAGGAUAGAGCCUGAGGGCACAGAGUGAACAAGAGACAGGAGCUGGUUGAAGGUCAGUGAGCGGAAGAACACUUCGGCUGUAAUCUUGUCAAGCAGUUAGCGGAAGACCAUGUUAAAGCUGCUCCCAAAGGAAAAACGUCCAACCGAAGCAACAAUUCACCUAUUUUUGAUCUUGGAUCAGCCAAUAUUUACCAUUAUGAACAACUAUGUGUUAAGCAAGAAUCACGCCAAGACUUGAAUCUGUCACCUUUGUCCCCUAAUGUGUGUAGGAGGAUGACGUGUUGCUGGUGGUAUUUCUACUAUGUAUUCACUUCCUCUUGAUACUCUGAAAAUAAACUACUGAGAUUCUCACUAGUUGGCUUCACACAUAAGGACAUAAGACUAUCAUGUCCCAUAGUCUGAUGGACCUCUCUUUGGGUUUUUUGUCUUUCACUUGUUGCUAUGUAACAGUUUUGUGAGCACAGGUUGACCACUGUCCACUGGUGCUGUAGACUGUGAGGAUUAUGGUGAACAGGAUUACAUUAGAUUAUACCCACUUGACGCUGCUUUUGACACUGACUCACUUCUUUUUCUGUCCCCUACAGAGGGUGUACUACAUUUGACUACAUUUUGAUUCAGAAUAAUUACAAUGUAAAUAAACACUAAAGGAAAGAUGACUGAGAUGCACAGGCAAAAAUUAAUUUUGAGUUUGACUUCCCUUAAAUGACAUUUAUUUAUUUCUCUAUCUUGGUUUGCAGUAAACAUGAGCAAAAAUAUACAAACAGUAAGAGCAAAAAAUAAAAAUCCAGAAUAGAAUUAUUAUCCUUGUGGGCGAGAGUAUUUCAACAAAUUUCAUGGUUCCUUUCUUGAACUCCACAGUCUUAGGAAAUAAUACGAUGUAAAAUGAGGGGAUUAGCUGGGGGUAAUAAGGUUUCUUGAAAUCAUUCCUUAUUUGAAACACAAAUAGUUGACUCUCUCUGACAUUUGCUUUGGGCCCAGUUGGAGUCUUGUUCUGAAAAUUUCCUGGAUGUUCUGCACUUGAAAGUUCUCCGAAAGCACCGCUAAUUCUGAUUUAUUUACCACAUUACCAAUGUACUUUUAAUGAAUCUGUCUUAAUUUUGAUACAGCAGACCCCAGUGUUCAGAGAACUUCCAUUGCAAGAUUUACGAGCGCAAUUUAAGGUAGAAGGGACUCAAACAAUGACAAAAAAAUGUCUCUACAUAAAAAACAAAACCUUUUCCAACCAAGCUGUUAACAUUUUGCCAUUGGUGAACUAAAUGAUGAAAACCUACCAGGUAGCUCCCAUGACAUGAUACAAUCCAAGCUAAUACAUUCUUUCCUCUUUACAACAAAAUAGCAAUAAAAAUACUCUUUUAUAAACAAACAAUAGUUUUUAUAUUUUUCCAUUGUGGUAAUACACACUGGCAAAAU